UAUCAAACACCGUCGACAAGACAAGGUGUGAUCACUUUGUCAAGACUCAGUGUGACCACCAGUGCGGUCCGCAACAUGGAGUCUACCACCCACUUCCGAACACAGAGAGGGCGCGCAAACGGUGCCAACUAUGACAGUGCUGGAGCAGGACGAAGAGUGCACCAUAAACACAAGCAAUGGGUCGCGGACAAUGCCACCAACAGAACUAGCACACCUCAUGGGGGCGCAGACACCGAGCGAUGGGAGCGUGGAGGUUACAGAGGAAGUAGGGGUCGAGGAAGAGGCACCCGUGGCAAAUUUCAUAACACUACCUUGAAUUUCCGUCAAGGAGGCGCGGGGUCAACUGCUGCCAGCGAAGGGGAUAAUAGCGAAAUGGAGGACGUCACUGAUGUAGAUGAAGUCGAACAACAAGAGCCAGAUACUCUCGAGGAAAGGGAACGAUUCUGGAAAGAGCUUGUAAAAACGCGCGAAGUCGAGCGCAAGACAGCCAUUGCUGAGGGUAAAAUGGACGAUCCCAAUGUUCCAAAACGACUGGAAGAUGCUAUCACAAUGGUCGGCACAUGCAUGGAUAUGUGCCCAAGAUUCGAACGCUACCGCCGCGAACGCGAGAACAACCUCUUUGAGUGGGAAAUUGUUCCAGGAACAAAACGUGUUGAUCACAAGAAAGCUGUCAAAAUGUAUGAACGGGCAGCUGGUGACAAGACGUUACCCUCCGAUCUUCGUCCUCCAAAAGUUCUUCGACGUACACUCGACUAUCUUUUCCAUGACCUGCUUCCCCGAGGCGGCUUUUCUGCAACCUUCAAUUUCAUCCGUGAUCGUUCGCGUGCUGUACGAAGUGACUUCACGAUGCAGCAUGAAAUGGGUCCUAUUGCAAUCGAGUGCCAUGAUAGAUGUGCACGGUUUCACAUCCUUGGUCUUCAUCUAGAGCGCGACCGAAUCGGAUCCCAGGUCAGUCUGGAAGAACAGCAGCUGAAGUACACUCUUCAAAGUCUGAAGGAGUUUUACGAAGACCAGCGAGGAAGAUAUCAGUCACCAACGGAGCUCGAAAUGCGAGUCUAUCAUCGUCUAAUUCAUAUCCGUGAUCAAAAAGAGCGACAGGAGGAUAUCCCUUCCUUUAUCCUCAAGCAUCCGGUAUUCAAGCUCACGACCAAAUUCCGGCUCCUCGUACAGGCGAAGAGUGCCCCCAUCGGCAGAAGCUCUCCGCUUUCCGUUGAUCCCGAGGCGCUUGGGGUCUUCCACGAAUUGAUCAUAGUGCUCCGGAGGGAAGGAAACUACGCCAUGAUAUAUCUGGUCGCAUGCAUCAUAGAACACUUAUUUGGCACCGAUACCAUCGAUGAUAUUGAAAGCCUGCGUGAAAAUCGCCCCUUUUCGGAUAUCAUUGAUGGCAGCUCGGCUGUUGUAGAUGAGUACCAUGAUGCUAUUGUAGAAGAGCCAGACGCUAUGCAAGAGGAAGAAGAGCCACCUUUCGAGGCUAACUUGGUGGAUGCUCCACAAUCUUCCCCGAAGCCCCUGCAGCGAAGCGGAACUGAGUGGCUCAAUGAUACAUUUGGUCCGAACCCCACUGAAUCAGCAGUCCUAAACGCUUCUUUUCAACCUGCACCACAAUCACCAAAGUCUGCGUUUUCAAAUCUGACAUCCGUUCCCAAUGUAUUCGGGACGACGACAUUCCAGCCAUCAGCAUUCAGCUCCACGCACGAGUUUGGUUUUGGUUCAGCUGCCGUCCCUACAUCAGUGUUUGGGUCCUCUGCAACUCGGACCUCUAAUUUUAACCAAGCGCCUUUUUCGGGUCAACCUCCAGUUUUUGCUCAACCUCCACUUGUCCCAUCUCCGACCUCAACAGCGCCCAGCGAAAACAAGGUUCAGGUUUCAUUUACAGUGCCUUCGACACCUCCUCCCUCUACCUUUAGUAAACCACUACCCCCUUCUCCAAAACUUUCUUCCGUACCCGAGGUCAACAAGACUGCAUCAUCUAUACAACCUCUCAACCCUCAUGCACAGGCGUUUGCACCAUCACUUUCUCAAAUUGUCACACAGCCUACACCCUCAUACGAACCUCCAGUUCCUCCCUCUCCCGUCGCUUCACAACCAAUUUUCGAUAUUCCUCAUGAUUCUUUCGGCAGCUUGGAUGAAAUACCACCUUUUCAACCGCCACUUUUGAGUAGACAACAGCCAAUAUCUUUACCGUCAACACCCACUGCGCCAAUAUAUAUCCCUUCGACCAUCUCUGGUACAUCCACCAAGUCCGUUUUCGGGUCUCUCAAAAAACUUCAACCUACUUUGUUUGCUGCUUCCCCUACUGAAAUUCUGAGCCCACUGGUACUUUCAUCGCCCGGGACAAGAUCAACACUUAGUUCUAUGGCCAGCUUACACCGACGUGACUCCGUACAGACUCCCUUGCGUUCAGGAAUAACCGUUGCCGAUCUUGAGGCAGUUUCAACUAAACUGGAAAGCCCACUUAAUGGCAAGGCAUCAGCUUCGCCGUCCACCAGCGUUGCGGACCAAGAAGCGCUCGAAUCCAAAGCUUUCGCAUUUGCUCGAAGGAGCUUGGUAAUCAAGGAGGCCUUCCAUGAAUGGAGGGAACGAGCUGCCAAUCGUACCAAGUGGAAAGAGGCUUGUCUCCGAAGCGAGGCCUAUAGUCAGCGCGUACACACGGAGCGACUAUCCAAGAGUACUAGCUCAUUGCCACAAGAGAACAAGCGCAAAGUGGUUACACCAGAACGACCCAGCCCCGUUAGAAAGCGGCUCAGAAACCGCUUAUCCAACGAAUACCGGCCACCGCCCAGCGAUGAAGAACUUCUAAAGCGGUUCGAAAAGAAUCGUGAAGAAAGCGAACAGCGCUGGGCUCGUGGAUCUUUGCUUCAUGUGCUGCAGCAACACUUGAAGGCUACGUCACGCAACAUUCCAGAAAACUGGUCUGCCUGGCUGUCCUUGAACCAGGAUAAUGAUGGAACUGCCAUUUGGCUUGAACUGAAAUUCGAUGUACCUGACUCUGGCAACUGGAAGGACGCUAGUAUAUUCCAGAUACCAGUGAUGCCGCAGUCACACAACAAUAGAGCAUUAUACCCGGGUAUCAUCAUUUUCGAGCGAACCCCGAUCGGCGAGGUUGAAGACCGUCUGGAAAGGAAAUAUCGAAUGCUGGACGAUUGCUCGCGUUUACGAGAUAUCAUCGAGUCAUUGCCCCCUGAUCGGCAUUUCAUUCCUUCCCUCUUGACGAUAUCUUGGUCUGGCGAGGAGAUCGAAUGCUCAUCCGAUUUUAAUGACAUGAUUACUGCAAUACUUCAUGAUGAAAUCUCGUCUUCCCAUGUUGAUCUAUCAUUAACAUCCACUGCCUUGAACAUCGACUCUAGGUUUCAGUCCGCCUUGCAGUCGCUCGAAGUUGAUACUGAAGGCAAACUCGUACGGUGGAUGUCUGUACCAGACCUCUUCAGACUGUGGAAACCCAUAUGGCAGACAUUUACAUCACAGCAAUUUAAGCAAUGCACAGUCGAUGGAGAAUUUGACUGGGGUUUCCUUGGGAGAUUCUUAGAAUUGUGUAUCGAUCUUCUCGCCACCAUCUCUAGUGCUGUACUUCAACUGCUGAGUGGCAGCAUCAGCAUCUUUGGAGAUAUUCUGCCCAACCUGAAGCUGCAACACGUGAGAGACUCAAACUCAAUGUUUGAUGCGGUUUUGCAAUGGCUGGACAAUCCGUCGUUACAAGAUCCCGGUAGACAUCUCGCAGGUGAUCUGAGAUCGCACCAGGCUCUUGACCGAGAAUUUCCCUCGAGGACCUUUGUUCAAUAUAUAUAUGAUGUCGCUCAGGAGCUGUCCACUCAACGCGUCAGCCCCAAAGCUACAAAUCCCACUCUCAUACGAAAGACUCGUCUCGAUGCAGCGACAUCGAAAAUCUCAUCUGAGCAGGCUUCUUACUCAGAUGAGCUCAAUGCCCUUCGUUCCACCAAGCUGCGACAGACAUGCAAACGCACCGUAUCAAUUAAUGCGUCAUCCAGCUGGUCUUCUACCCCUGCCAAGCGGAGGAGAUUAUCCGCCUCUGAUGGAUCUAGCGAGGGUGGAAGUCCUCCGCUGAGCAUUGCUAGUCCUGCCUACACGUCACCCUCGUUCAGCACUACCACAUCUUUACCUCCCGAGGAUAAGUCCACAGUGGUCACGUCUGCUAUGCUUCGUGCUCUUACUAGGGAUAUACGGACCAAGUUUGGCAAGUCGCAGAUGACAUAGGCCUCUUCCUUAAUGAAUGAUGUUAUUACAUAUCUCUGUAUUGUUAAUCAUUAUAUGUUUAUCCACAUCAAUCAGGGCGCAGCCAGAGCUGUCAGUUCA